CACACAAUACCUAGGGUUUUCAACCAUUGGUUCCAAAUGUUCUCUUUCCCUAAUAAUUUCCCUUCUUCAUCAUCUUCUUCUUCUUACCCUAAUAGUACCCUUUCUUUUCUCAUUGACAAUCCUGAAAAUAAUGAUUUUCCAAAUAACAAUACUACUCUUCUUGAUGAUUCACUACUUUCUAUUCCUUUCACAUCAACACAUCAUGAUGUUGUUCCAUUCCCUGAUACUAAUUUUGCAGAUUGUAACAACACUGCAAUGUUUGAACAAGAUAAUGGCUACAACUUUGGUGUUACUAGUAGUUUUCCAAUUCCAAAUUUUGUUGUGACAGAGCAGAAACAACCAGCAACAGUUAUAGGAGGAAAGAAAGAUAGGCACAGUAAGAUUCACACAUCACAGGGUUUGAGAGACAGAAGGGUAAGAUUGUCAAGUGAAAUAGCAAGAAAGUUCUUUGAUCUUCAAGAUAUGUUAGAGUUUGACAAACCAAGUAACACACUUGAGUGGCUUUUCACUAAAUCUGACACUGCAAUCAAAGAACUAGCUAGAACUAAAAACGCUGCUUGUUACAACAACAACAACAACGACAACAGCCCAUUUUUUGAUUCAAAUAGCAACAAAUCAUUUUCCGGCGGUGGUGGCGGUGAUGGUAGUUGUUCUUCUAAAGGGAGAAAAUUGAAAUGGACACAGAAAGAAGAAACAAAAAAAGAGUCAAGAGAAAGAGCAAGAGCAAGAGCUAGAGAAAGGACUUGUUACAAGAUGUGUAGCAGUGGAAGAAUGCAACAAGAAGAAAUUAGGUACCCUGGGCCUGGUGCAGAUUCAACAAAUACUCAACAAAUGCUGCAACAAUUGAUUUCAUCUUCAACAUCACCUGUUGAUAGUACUGAAACUGAGGCUUAUGCAAGAUGGCGUCAGCUUCUUCAACUUCAGACCUAUAGUAACCCUUCUUUUCAUAAUCAUCAUAACCUAUUGGAUAGUGAAAUACCUAGAGAUCAUGGUGGAUUUAAUGUGAUUGAGGAAUCCAUUAUGAUUAAAAGGAACAUGAUGUCUGCUACUUCUUCUCAAUAUCAUCACCAAAACCUAAUUCCUACUAUCCCUAAGGAAUUACCAAGUUUCAACCACAAUAUUAAUGAUUACUCCUUAUUCCCUUGUUCAACUCCAAAUUGGGAGACUAGCUCCAACUUUUGUGGAAUAGCCACUAUGAAUCUAUCUACAUGCUUCUUGAAUCCGUGGUAA